AUGCAAUGAAUCGAAGUCUGUGAUGAGAUCGCUUUGAGUGAGCUUUUUUUGUUGGACCUUGAGAACAAAGUAAAAGAGGAUGGCUCGAGCCGUUUCAGUGGACACGGCAAUGCUACGUUCUGACCCACGUGGAUUCGUGCGCAGUCAAAAACGGUAUGAUGCAACGACGGCAAGCGGAUCUUGAGCGUCCGACGACAGAACAAACUUGACACGCAGUACCAACAGGUCACGAGGAGAAGCCGUUUGUCGACGGACCCCGUGUGACUCGGGCCUCAAUUCUUCUCCCAGUCACCGAAGGCGAAUCAUGAGACGCUCCGGGGGCACCAGGGAAAAUAAGACGCUUCCAGGCACCAUGUGUUCGUGCUGCAAAAUUUUCCGCGCAGCACUUCUGCUGCUGGGACCAAUUGCUCCCAACCUCAAUCAUCUUUUCGUCUCCGCCAGCGCCUUUUCGCGCAUGGAAACCGCAGAAAUCGGUUUCGCUCGCGACCGCUUAAUCCGAGAGGCGGGUGGGCAGAAGACCGAUGCGGACUCGAUUCGGAAGGCUUACAGACGCCUGGCGCUGCGGAUAAAUCAGAACCUGUACGGGAAGAAUGCGCAACUGGAGAUGCAGAUGCGCAUGCUGAAUCUCGCGAAGGAUGCAUUGAUGAAGGGCGAAAAAAUCGGCUCCGAGGACGACUUCGCCGAUAGCAGGAGCGAGGAGCACGUGGAGGAAGGAAGGCAAUUGUCAGCCGGGAAAAGGCUGUCGGAGGACAUCUACAAGUCCAUGAAGGGCUGGCAAGAAGAGGCGAUCGAGAACUCAAUCCGGUUCGAUGACCCCGAUGAAGUGUUCGAGGGCAACACACAGAUGGCCUUCGACGACGCUCUGAACGAGGUUUUGUUGGAGGAAACGCACCCGGCGAACAGGUUGGUGUGGUCCUCUGUGCACGCGCAAAACGCAACCUUGUCGGCGUCGAGCAAGCGCGUUAUUCAUCGGAGAAUGCACUUGGCGCUGCAGGCCUGCGGGGUGAAGGACGCUGCGCGUAUUGGCUUGAUGAUUAAGCAGUAUUCAGAGAUCUGAGCUUGGCGUUCGUUGUUUCUAUCGCGAUGAUGCAUGUGUAGUGCCACACUUUUCCCGUAGUUACUCGAUGCAUAGCAACACGAGAACUGAUUUUUUUCCAAACAUCAGUCGAGGCGGACUCCCUUCUCGAGAUGGCCCGCGCUUUGGAAGAGAUUGCCAGCGUGCAGUGGGACGGGCGAUCGUACACUUGCCCCACAGUCGAUGAAGAGACCGGCGAUGCCGGCUCCUCCUCAACCCGCCGGUCGCGACCUUGCUCCCCUUGCGGCAAAAUCAUCGCUGGCGACACGAGCACCAAGUCACGCCUGUUUUCCUUCGCGCGGGAACUCAAAAGCAUCGCCCGGUCCGAAGAACUGGAACUGCUGGAGCGCGCGAGAAAAGAAGGGAACCCCGAUGCCGCAAAGCAGCUCGAGGCCAUCCUGGCGGCGGAAGGCGGUGGCGGUGGCGUGGAUGUCGCGCAGUUGGAGGAGAGCAUCCAGCUCACGGAAGUGCAAAUGUCGGAUCCGCACUGCAAACAGCGGAACCAGAACACGUACGGCUUGCUUUCCGAUCGGUUCAACGAGUUUCAGUAUUCCAAGGUCGUCGACGCGGCGUUCCCGCUCGACCCCUGUGCUUUGGUCGGUUUGGAGCAGUUCGUGCGGGAGAAGCUCGCGACGCACGCGCAGACGAAAGCGAACUUCACGGAGGCCGCGGACGUCGACAGGAAGCUCGUGCAAGGUCUCAGCGGGCUCCUCGGAAUUCAGCAGGCGAAGUACAACGCGCCCAUCGGGGUCAGAGCGUUCAAAAGCAAAAUGGCGGCGAAAAACAAGAAGAAGUCCAAGCGAAAAUGGAGAACAGCUGCGCAAGACGACGAACCGUCGUAUAAAACAAAGCGGAGGAGGUCCCGCGAGCAGGCAGAGAAGGAAAAACGGGACAAGGUUGCGAAAGAGCGGGCGCUCAUACCGAGGGAGAAACAGGAGAAGAAGGAAGAAAAGGAAUUCGAGCACAAGCGGCACAGGACGUGUCUGAGCAAAAAGCGGGCGGAGGCGCGCGACGCGGCGAAAACUCCACAAGUUAGGGAUGCGGAGAAAAAGAAGUACUUAUAGCCCGGCAGACAGGAACGUUAAGGAGCGUUCUUUUUGAUGAAAUAGCAUUAGAGUUUCUAUUUUUGAUUUUCGACCUGGACAUAACUUCGGUUCCCCAGGAAGUUCAGCGGCGUCUAGGUUACCGGGCUACGACAUUUUGUUGUAGCUUGUCUGGUUCUCCGGAACCUAAGGUCUUGCGUUUCUGCCUGACUUCGAAAGAUCUCACGCUGAGAUACUUCCCGAAGGUUGUCGGGGGCUGAACAGGCAGCAAGCCGCUGACCUGUUCUGUAUGCCAUUGCUGAUGAGGAGGUUGCUUUGGCUGACUCCAAUUGCGAGGCCGGUCACCGCUAAAACGGGUGGUGCCUCGCCUUGCAAGAUGUUUUAGAGUUUCGCUCUGAAGCAGACAUUUACUCGCAGAAAUCUCGACAGUGCCCAGACAGUUUCUCGCCCACCUAGAGGCGAGCACACAUGUUGAUUUUCGAGCUGAAUGAUUUUUUUUUGGCUCAAGGUCCUGUCGUACCUUGUUCAAAACUACGGCAAAACCUUUUUUUUUUUGAACCCCAAAUUAUAAGAAGACAAACUACCGACACAUCAAAAUGCUUCCCGGUAGUAGUCGUGGUCGAGGCGGGUUAAACCCCGCGGCCCCGACGUCCUCGUCCUCCGGUGCAGCAGCUGCCACCCCUUCUACUUCCGCGGCCCGACUCUCUCGCAGUCCACGACCACCCACCACCGCUGCGACACCGGGAGUCCCCCGCUCCCCAAGAACCCCCACGAGCGCGUUGUCCCGGCCGAAUUCCUUUCUCCCCAUGCCGAACAAGACGAACCAACCCACCGGUGCCGCGCCGGCCACCACGCGGCCGGUGGCGACCUCGCCGUUGUCUACGGCGCGGAAAUUGCGGCUCGGGCCAACUGACCUGAGUGUCCUGGAGGAGCUGAACUACACAAAACAGUACUUCACGGACCGAGAACUGGAAUUAUCCCAGCAGAUUUCGAAUUUGUUGGCGGAGAAUGGGAGGUUGUGUAAGCAGUUGGACGGGGUUAAGGAAAAGUUGAGGAAUGUGGAGGCGAGAGAGGUAGUUGUUUUUCUUUCAACAUACCUGCUUUUUUUGUUGGUGCCUAAGCCUAAUACGGAGUAAACCAAAAAGAGAAUCAUAACGUCUUCAUUGACGACCACCUAAUAUGGCUAUGCGAACGUCGGAGUUAUCAAUAUCAUCUGUCUAGUACAUGAUCUUGUUCUGAUUCAACUUUUAAAUGUGCAAGGAAAAAACAUUCUAUUUUAAACAAAAAACACAGUUAAGCGGCAUUGCCGGGCUCCAGAAGGACCUGGAGCGCAACCUACAUUUAAGACUAAAAACAUUCGACAGAAGACAUUUAAGACUAAAAACAUUCGACAGAAGCAAGUAGGUUAGGUUAGCGCUUGUUUUGCUCGUAUAAAACCACAACAAUCUCUGCCCUAACCGCUCUGUGCUCUGGAGCCGGCUAAGGGAAAUCAUUUGGGGGGGGGAGAGCAGGGAAAAAGGGUCGAUAGCUUUCGGGUUCUUUUUUUUUUUUUUAAGUCUCGGUCGGGGGGAGCAAGGGUUUCAGGGUAGGGUCAAGGGUUUUAGGGAGGCAACUGGGCGAUGCAGGGCAUAACUCCGUGUUUUCCUGUGUUUCCCGGUGGCGUUUGCGUACCGCUACUAGAGUUUCGACUCAAGUGGUGUAGGCAGGAAGGGCAAGAAGAGGCGUCUUGCUUAGGACCUGUCAUUUUUAUGGAGCCUGUUCUGACGCAAGGAAGGGCAAGCAGAGGCGGCUUGUUUUGGACCUUGUGGUUGUGCGGAGGUUGAUCGGUGCAGUACGGAUGAGGAGGUAGUGCUGCGCCUUUCUGAAGCCUGGGUUGAUUCAAGGCUUCGGCUUUCCUUCUCCCAGACUACUCCCCGAGCUCGUUGGUUCACAGCUAAGAAGGGUUUUGUUUCUUCGAGCUCUGGUGGUGAUAAGUUGAAACACUAUUCACCAGCUAUUUACAAGCAGGAGCAUAGAUAGUACGUCCAAACAGUUACUCGCUCGCCUAAAGAAGCGAGCACCCGAUUGAUUUUCGAGCUGAAAGUGGAACUAGAACUACACCAGGUCUUUACUGAACAUGAGCUGACAUAUUACUUUUUUCAGCGCCGCCUCUCCUCUGAUGUGGUCCUUGAAGCAGCUCGAGGAGAUGUUGUGGCAGGGCGCCGGCUUCCCCGAACUGCACGAGUCCGCCGCAAAGGCAAUCGCGGAACUCUCCGAGACACUGCAACUCCAAAGGAUUCUAGUGGAAGAAAAUACCGAAACCCUCGAGACCCUGGAGCCCCUUCACGACCCGCCGACCACGCCGGUCUUUCCGCACCUGAGCUUUCCGGGACUCGCGCUCCGCCCGUACAUGAGCUACGAAACAGGGAUGAUAAGGGAGUGGGGCGACGAGUGGAACCAGUUCAACGAAACGGAGUGGGACCCGGUGAAAAUAGGUUUGGGCUACCUCGACCUCGUCCCCUACUGCGACAUGCAGAGCCAGGUCGUCGGGUCUUUUCUCCAGGCGGGCUUUUGGUUCUACAAAGCCUUGCAAAAUCUAGACGAACACUGCGGGAACGACGACUGGCAGCAGGAUUUCUUGAUCCCGGAAUUGCUGCAAGCCUCCGCGGAAAUGCGGCAGGUGGCGAUGAUUUACGCUUUGAAGAAGGCGAGUCUGGAGAUGCUGGACACCGCGAUGCAGAUCGCCGCCCAUCUCGUCGCGCCGAACGUCCGGUUCGUCUUGAUGCGCACCGCGUUGCGGGUUCGAACCUCGUUGCUCCGGAAUUAUGGGCAGUUAGGCGACGUGGAGAAGCUGGUGAAGCAGUUCGUUGCGUUUCGUAUCCUGUGCAAAAGUAUCGCACUCGUAGUAAUUGCUAUCAUGCACCAUGACAAAUAUGCCUUUUAUAUGUAAAUCAGCAUUACAAAUUCCAUUUUUUUUCUUGAAAAAAAUUGUGAUGCAAUUAUAUACUAAUAAGAUACUUUUGCCAUGCAUAUUUCGCAAUCUGCAGCAAUUUUUUCCCGUGUGGCACCCGCCGGCGAUUUUGAUCGGCGACAUGCUGUUCGCGGACGUUCUGACCGGGCGGCUGCAGGAGGCGUUUUUGUUAUGACAGUGCACAACUCCCCCUCCCCUUUUUCUGUAUAGCAUGAGCGGCAAUUAUACAAGCAGCAGUCAGACUGCCGGUUUUGCAUGACAAAUUGGCGCUGGAGUAUAGUACUAUUUGGGCUACCAGAACUUGUCAUGCAAAUAGUGCCAAGAGGAACCGAACAGCCUGGAUUAGGGGUUUUGCAUUGCAAAUGAGGGGGAGGGGGAGUUGUGCACUUUCAUAUCUGUCCUCCGUGAUGGCCUUGGACCCGAUUGUCGCACCUCUCUCGAAAAAGGAGUUGCUCUUCGCGAAGUACGAGGCGGAUUUGCUCCAGCACUCGUUCGAUUUCGACGCUUCCCGGUACGAUGCCAUGGAGGCAGCGCUGGUCAUGGAGGACGGGGAAAAGUCGUCGACAGUGGAAGACGGCAAUUUGCUGAACCAGGUGGCCACAACGUCGAGCGUCGAGUCUGGAUUCGCAAUCAUGGAGGAGACCAUGCGGCCGAAAUUUCUCGCGAACUACUUCGACAACAACGGUUUCUUUUCCGUGUUGGAGAACGAGAGCCGCCUGGACAAGCAAAAACGGCGCCGGUCCGCGGCGGAACGACAAGCCGGGUCGUCGUUUUUCGUCGAGAUAACGGAAGUGGGAGAUACGGUGUCAGACGCAUCGACUUCGACAGGAGGAGAGAACGCAGAAACUACAGAGGGGGAGACGGUAUUGGUAGAAGAAAUGGAGGAAGAAGUUGGGCAAGAGGUAAAAGACUCUACAUCUACUUCCGCCGGGACCGUAGCAGGUGGCUCGAGCACAACUGCUGACGAUCAGGAAAUCGACGAGGUGUCGAAGCGUUACCUCGCCUCCUACCGACUGGUCGAUACGUUUCUCGAGGACGGGAAUUCCUUUUCCCACAUCGAAGGCAUGGAAUUUGACACCGAGACCGGUCAUCUGUACUUGCUCGGCGGCCACAGCUCGGAUUUGAGCCAGGAACCGCUGUUGGACGCCGAGGACAUUGCGAUGCUGCUCACGACCGUCGUCCCCGGCGAGCCGGCGUUUGCGACCGUGGAUCCAAUCGCGCCCUUUCACGUCUUCCAGAAAUUGAAUACGAAUAUGAAGGAUUUGUUGAAGCCUCGGCAGGUUGCUGGAACCGCAGACGCCAACGACCAACCGGUGAUGAAAAUCAAACGGACCAAAGUGGAGCAGACCCUCACCUUCCUUGCCUUUCUCUUGCAGCAGAUUGCCGCGCAGGUCGAAAUCAGUGCGUUCGCACCGUUUCAGCAGCGGGUUUCCCGCUUAGGGUUGGAGGUGAACAAAGUGGAAGUCGGAGAGCCCUGGGAGGUCCCGCGGGUGUGGCUGGAGUGUUCGCAGGUCGAGUACACGCAGUCGAUCUCCUUCGAUGGGAGAUUGCGGUUUACGCUCAAGGACCAGGUAGAAAUCCAGAUCAACGACGGGGAGAAGUUGGAACCUUUACAGAUCGAAAACUGGAGCUUGGGAAAGCUGAAGGAAACGAUUCGGUUCCUGGAAAAACGCAACUACGACCCCAACGUGCACAUUCCGCGGUUCGAUUUUGGGCUGGUGGUGGACAAGCAGGAGUUGGUCGACUCGGUGCGCGAACUGAUAAAACGGAAUCCAGAUGUGUUCUUGGAAGAAGAGGGGGAAGUGCAUCCGCUGAAGCGGUAUUGUUAAGUUUUUCAAAUUUUUAUGUUAAGUGCAGCUUGCUCUUGCUGUUCCGUUUUGUUUUACCUCAAAAUAAAUGGCCGGCAUUGUUCCACAGUCGCAAUCCUUACAGAUUCGGCCGGCGCAUGACUCACGCCUACCGUCACAAGCUGCGUCACUGGCCGCUGUUCCAGCGGUUUGAGGAGAUGUGUAAGUUGAAAGCGCUCUCCUCCAUUCUGGAUAGCCGCCGGCACCAGGUCCGUGUCGAAGCCGAGCACGCGGACGCCAAGGCGCAGCUCCAGGCGGAGCAGGUUCUGAAGCAGAAGUGGGCCCAGUGGGAGGAGAUUCUGAGCGAAACGCGAUACGAACUGAUGAAGACGGAGCUGCAAGUGCAGGACUUCGACCCCGGCAGGUGCUGGAACGGCCAGCAGUACACCUUUCACAAGUGUUGCAACGGAGUCGGGCAGGGUGACCCAUUCGGUGUGCACGAAGCCGGUGCCGGGAAGGGAGCUGGUGCCGGGUCGACAGCAACACCAGCCAUCGGGGGCACCAACGAGUGUUUCGACGGCAGCAGCUACACGUACGAAAGGUGUUGUCCCAUGCCCAAGGAAUUCGUGAAGAGGGAUACUAUCCGUGCGUUGGCGCAGCAGCUGGCGCAGAUGACAACGAAGGACCCGGCGCCCGAUCUACAUGCGUUGACAAACAGAUUGGACGAGUACUUGAAGCAGCCGUUCAAGGUACACAGUUUGCGGAAAGUCGUUUUGCUUUUGUAUGAGGGUGAAGACCCCUUGGAGGUGAAGGCGCGACUGGUGAAGCAGUAUUUACGCGUCUACGAGCAGAUGGAAAAGGACAUGGAUUUGCUGAAGCAGAAGCUCCACAGUCUGGUCGACGUAGAGGCAAACGCGAAGACCAGCGCAGUUUCAUCUGAAUUAGCUGCAAAACAGAACGUAACCGCGCACGCCGACCUUUUGCCCGCGAUCAGCACGCCGAAGAAAAUCUACUCCGGCGUCUCGCUCGGUCCGGAGAUGGUACCAGCGACGUUCAAGAACAAAAGAGCGUUCGACCGUGUGUCCUUCUCGUCGAUUCUGAAAACGAAAGAGUCCUUCCAGCACUACCACAAGGAGAAUUUGAUCACGCUCGAAAUGGAAAAACUCGCCUUUGGGACGACUAGUAAUGCGUUAGCUUCUAAAGAGCAAGCCGAGACGAGCAAGUCCGGCCCGCCUGCGUGCGCGCAGGAGUGGAUUCAGAAGCGACCAGCGGAUCUAGAGCUCGUCGCCCAACCCGGCGACCCAAUCCGCGUCGUGAACACCCAAGGCGCGGAACAGGGCCUCUUCGUCGAAAGUCUGACGGUUUCCGCGAACGCCAAAGGGCCGUUGAGACGGCUGAUCGCACUGCAGAUCGAGGGUAGCACGAAGUACUUUGACGCGACCAGCGAAUGGGACGUGUAUGUGAAGCAAACUUUGGAGUGCAGCGAAGAGGAAGAUUUGACCCUGUGGCCAAAGUGCGUGCAUCAGAACAAGUACGUCAAGGGACAAGGGAUCUUUCUGAAUCUCGCGCAUUUCGGAAUUCAGAAGGGCUGUUUUCAGGACGACUGUUCGCAUUCCGACCACUUCGCGAGCGAAAGCGCCGCACUGUGUGCAGAGGUGUGCAGAUUGAUUCCGGCAUGUAAGUUCUGGUCGGUCACGGUUGGGGUAGAGUUCACGUGUUGGCUGAAGGGCAGCAGGGAUUCAUUACUGGACAAACCGGGAGCAUUGGUAAAGGAUGUUUUGAGAAAUUGUGAAGGUUGUUUUUCUUCACAUACUGGCAUUGCAAGUCUGUGUCCCGUUUCCUUUUGCGAUAGCUUGUUUGCAGAUUCUCAACAGGGAAAAAGAAAAGAUUGAUCAAUUCAUCAGGCUGCAGACGCUACAUGUCACCCUCCCGCAGAAGAAACAACGGUAAAGAAGAAAGCCCUAGCUCCGACGCUUUUCGAGACCCUUCGUGGCAAGUCGCUUCGAUUUCCGAAGGCCAGCGAAGUUUUGAGUGUCUUCGGCCACAAAACGCGCGAGGAAAUCGUGGAUGGGCCGAAGACGCCGCUGCAGAAAAUCGCACUCGGCGUCAUGGCAAAUGUAUAGCAGACCGGGCGCGCCGGCGAAGUGGAGGCUCGCACUCCACGCAAGCCCAAUGUCUUGACGUCGCACUCGUUUCAGCUACAAGUAUCAAAAUGAAAAUUGAGAAAUAGUCGUCACACUGUCACUUCUUUUAGUCAAUCACUUCUAGUCAACACCGUGAAAGCGAACGAAAAUGAAGGCGAAACAGGUUCUUGCACACUGUGUGCUUGUUUGUGUGAAUCGAAAUCUCCAUUCGUUAUCGUUUCUUUCUAGCCUAGGAUAGGAAUAAAGGAGCAGAAGACGCCAUCGC